UGUCUCAGCAUCAGGUAGCACCAUAUAGGGGUUGGAGAGGCACUUCACAGCCCCUCUGGCACUGCAUCUGCUAGGGCGCACAGAGGGGCAGUGCCAUGCACACUCCUGACUAUGCGCUGCUCCUGAGCGCAGGGAACCAGUCUGUGGAUUUCAGUCCCACUCAUGACCUAAGGAUGGAAACUUCUGAAAACACCACCGCUCACCCGAACGGAUCCGACCCGUAUGCGAGAAACGAAGAGGUGGCCAAAAUCGAGAUCAUGGUUCUGAGCAUCACUUUCGUGGUGGCUGUGAUGGGUAAUAUCAGCGUCCUGUUGGCCAUGUACAACACCAAGAAGAAGAUGUCACGCAUGCAUCUUUUUAUCAAACACCUCAGUUUGGCAGAUCUGGUGGUCGCCUUCUUCCAGGUGUUACCUCAACUCUGCUGGGAGAUCACCUACCGCUUCUACGGUCCAGAUUUCCUCUGCAGGAUAGUCAAACACCUCCAGGUUAUGGGAAUGUUCGCGUCCACUUACAUGAUGGUGAUGAUGACCGUGGACCGCUAUAUCGCUAUUUGCCACCCUUUGAAAACCCUCCAGCAGCCCACUCAGCGCUCCUACAUCAUGAUCAUCUCCACGUGGAUGUGCAGCCUGGUCCUCAGCACCCCCCAGUACUUUAUCUUCUCUCUGAGUGAGAUCAAAAACGGUUCGGAUGUUUACGACUGUUGGGCGCACUUCAUCGAACCCUGGGGAGCCAAGGCGUACAUCACCUGGAUAACCGUGGGCAUCUUCCUCGUGCCUGUGGUUAUUCUUAUGAUAUGUUACGGAUUCAUCUGUCACAGCAUAUGGAAAAAUAUCCAAUACAAGAAAAGAAAAACGAUGCCUGGUGCUGCGAAUAAGAAAGGGCUGAUUGGGAAGAAUUCUGUCAGCAGCAUCACAACUAUAUCCAGAGCCAAACUGCGGACUGUAAAAAUGACUUUUGUGAUAGUUUUGGCGUACAUUAUUUGCUGGGCGCCGUUUUUCAUAGUGCAGAUGUGGUCCGUGUGGGAUGAAAAUUUCCAGUGGGACGAUUCUGAGAACACAGCAGUGACUCUGUCUGCUCUGCUUGCCAGUCUCAACAGCUGCUGUAACCCCUGGAUAUACAUGAUCUUCAGCGGUCAUCUCCUCCAGGAUUUUGUGCACUGCUUCUCCUGCUGCCACAAAAUGAACUCGAAUUUCAGGAAAGAGGAUUCAGACAGCAGCCUCCGCAGAACAACGCUGCUGACUAAGAUGACCAAUCGGAGCCCCACAGCCAGUUCUGUAAACUGGAGAGAGCUGGACAAUUCUCCAAAGUCCUCCAUUCAGGCGGAGUAAACACACAGCCUGGCAACUCUGUUUACUGAUGUGGGAGUGAAAAUACGACUGGCAGUCACAGGAUGGUACACGUCUCUGAACUUGACAGACAAUGACUGAAAGUUUCCCUGAAUCCAAUACAAAGAAGAUGCUUGUACAAUAAAUCAUUAACCCAUAAAGACCCAAACAUCCACCAAAGACCAAAACCAUCUACUGAUCUAAACUGGUUAAUACCUGUUGAUCCAUUAAUCCUAUCAAUA